AUGUCGUCAAGUGGAGUUAUGGAAAAGUUUGCAAAAAGCAAAAACAACGGAUCCCUUAUCGGUCACGCCCUGUUGUAUAGUCCAUGCGCAAGAAUAACUUUUAAAGUGAAGUACUCUUUCUUUUGUAAACUUUAA